AUGGCGGCGUCCAGCACCGCGGAGCUUUCUCCGGAGGUAACGACGCCGUUAAAGAUCCCCAAAACCGAGGUGCCAUCCCCAGAGUCCGAGGAUCUGAGUGACAGUAACCAGUACCAGUCUAACCCCUCCACCCCGAACCGGUUCUCUCCUCUGAACGUGGGCUCGGGCUCCGCGGGCCGGACGGCGGCCUCUUCCUCCUCCAACAGCUUCACGGCGUGCCGGGGGAUGUCGUGGACACCGUCCGAGACGAACGCCCUCAUCGCGGUGUGGGGUAACGAGAGGCUGACGGAGGCGAGGAUGCAGCAGCUGGAGGUGGCGGGUACCGUCUUCUCCGGUAAGGCUCCCGGUCCGGCCAUGUACGAGAGGGUGUCCAGAGCCCUGUCCGAGCUGGGCUACGAGAGGACCCCGUCCCAGUGCAGGGAGAGGAUGAAGACCCUGCGGCGCUGCUACAGCCGGGUGAAGGAGCACGGCAUCGGGAAGAGGAAGAGCAGCUACACCAUCGAGCAGCUGGAGAAGGUGUUUGGUCAGGGAGGCUGGGACUCUCAGAGCUGUGCCCCCGUCCUGAUCAACAGCAGCGGUCUCUAUCAGGAGAUGGAGUCUGACGGCAGCACGCUGGAGGACUUCUCCCAGGAGGACUGGUGCAACCAGGUGUUGGACUCGGCCUUCCAGGAGGGAGACAUGGAGACUGAAGAAAUCCAGAUGCCUAAACAACGAGCUCUGCAGAUCCAAGCUGAGCAGUCAGAACAAACACAAAAAAGGGACAUGAUGCAGACCGUGAUGCGUAUCCUGGAGUCAGUCCAGCUGAAAUGGGAGCACUUCCAAACGUGGACCGAGUUCUCGCGGCUGCACCUCUCAAACAAACUGGCCAUCUUUGGCGUGGGCUACAACACACGCUGGCGUGAGGAUGUGCGGUACCACUACGCUGAGAUCAGCUCUCAGGUUCCCCUGGGGAAGAGACUGCGUGAGUAUUUCAAUCCUGAGAAACCUGAGGGCCGAAUCAUCAUGACUAAAGUCCAGAAGAUGAACUGGAAGAAUGUUUAUUACAAGUUUCUGGACAUCACCAUUAGCGAGGCGCGCUGCCUGGAGCUGCACAUGGAGGUGGACUGGAUCCUUGUGUCCCAGUCCAAAGCUGCAGGCUGCAGCAAAGGCUCCUACCACUACCUCCUCCCUGGGGACAUCCCCAAAACGUUUGGACUCUAUGCUAUCGGCUAUGAGGAGGACACCUCUCAGACCUCUCCUCAGAGCGAGAGUGGAGACGUCAGCUUACCUCAGUUUAAGUCAGAGAACGGCGUGCAGAGUCAGGGUGAUGGCGAAGGAUCAAGGAGAGUGGACAGGACUGGAGCUAAAGUCACGUACUGUUACCUGGGGAUAGCUGAGGACAGGACCAUUCAGCAGUGUAUAUUCCAGCACUUUCAGGGUUCAGGUAAAUACUACGUCCAUGGUGAGCCCUCAGCUGUGACCCGUUUCCUGCAGGAGAACUGCAGCUCCAGUCAGGAGGGUGAAGACUCGUGUCAGCGUUCCUCCAUUUACAUGAAGUUCAUCGAGGUGGAGGUGGACUUCCUCUCUGCAGGCUCACUGGUGGAGUGCCUGGAAACGGCUGUAGGUUAUUCCUUGAAAUAUAACAGCAAAGAGACGCUGUAGACUACGCUCAGUGUCUCUGAUUAAAUGUCACUGAAAUUAUAAUGAAGUCUUAGAGCCAGCGAGGCAACAUGGAGGAAGGAAAGUCCUCUCUGCUUCAUUGAAAUGCGGCAUAUUUUGCAGCUUUUUCAGCUGUUGACCUGAUUAACCAUUAGAUCUUUAAUGAGACUUGCGUGAAAGACUGUUUACAGUAAAUGUACUGUGCAGAAAUAUUGGAACAGUAGCGAAAGUAUAACAGAGCUUUGACCUCUAAAAAGUAAAUAUCAUUAUUUUCAGCUAAUGUGCACUACAAAGGAUUCGCUGCUUGUUUAGUGUAAGAUAAAUGUUGCCUCAUCAGGGAGAGUUAGGGUUGGAAAGGUGACUACUGCAGUAUGCGUCUGUCUACCUCAGUAGGAUGUAGCAAACAAGGCAGCGAGGGACCACGGAGCGUUUUAUUCUGAAACUGCCUUUUUUCUUUGACUGUUGAGGUGUGGACCUGAAUUCAUGUAUGUAGGAGUGAUGGCUGAUUUAUGCCUUAUGGAGCGCGGGUCAGUCUGCUGCAGCUAGAGAUGCCGCCAUGAAAACACAGGUUGAAAAAGUGAAGUUCUAGUGUUUCUGAUUAUUUCUUAUGUUUGUCCAUCUGCUUCAAUUCAGCUUACAAAAUAACACAACCAGCUUCUGCAAAUCUAUAACCAUUACACAGCUGUAUACAAUGCUUUAACAGGAGCUUGAAUCUCGUUUAGGACAUACAGAUACCGAAUGGUAAUCCUUAAAGACCCUGUAAAGUGAAAUCCAAAGGUUUUGUUGGAAUAUGGUUGCUGUAAACAUGUGAAAACCCUGAGAUCUUCAUGUGACUGAAUUCUGGAUUGAGACUGUUUUUUUUAUUUAGGAACAUUAUACAUUUUUAUAACCUUUUAAGAACAUCAACGAUGGAGAAAUGGAGGCCAUAUUUCAAAGAAUGUUGGCUCUCGUCAUUCACAUAAGGAGCCAGCUCUUAGAAUUGGAUCAUCCAAGAAUGGCAGCUCCCCCAUGACUUAACAUAAAGCUGUGGUUCACAAACUUUGUUUGUCAGGCCCCCUUUGGCAGAUAUUUUCAGGCCCCCCACCCCUUACCCCUCACUAUACAUAUCAACCUAUAAAAACAUGUAAAUGUACAAACACACCGCUAUUCCCAACUUUUGCAAAUUCUUUUUUUUUUUGUUUUGUUUUUUUUUUUUUGAGAAUUGAUUACAACAUAAAACUAAAACAUUUUAAGUUUUAAAAUUCUGACUCUCCGAAGAUGAACAGU